AUGUCACAAGUUUACAGUUAUCAGCAAAUUGCAGAACAUAAUAAGCCAGAUGAUGCAUGGAUCAUCAUUGAAGGCAAGGUCUACGAUGUCUCCAAAUUUUUAGAUGAACAUCCAGGUGGAGAUGAAAUUAUAUUUGAAUUAGCUGGACAAGAUGCUACUGAACAUUUCCUUGAUAUUGGCCAUUCAGAUGAUGCUUUACAAAUUCUAAGGAAACUUCGCAUUGGUGAAUUAGAUAAGGAAAGUAAGCCUGUUGAAGUUGUAAAACCAGUAAACGUCACCAGAGAUUCUAAUGAAAAUGGUGGAAUUUUGGUGGCAAUUUUGGGGUUUAUUUGUCUAUGCAUUGCAUACUACUAUUUAAACGAAUGA